UCCCGGCUGCCCGCCAUCUUGCAUCGGGGCUUCAUUGUUCGCCCUGGGCCAGGCGGUGGAGUGUCAUUGCCGCCAAGGAAGGAGGCGGAGUAACCUCCAAGUCACGAAGAAGCCCCGCUAUUCCGCAGCCAUAGCUGCUCAGAGGCUUUGGGAGGUAGUAAAGGGCAGGGAGCUGGACCCGGAGGCGCCGCCGCGACCGCAGCAGCCAUGGAGGACGAGAUGCCCAAGACUCUAUAUGUUGGUAACCUUUCCAGAGAUGUGACAGAAGCUCUAAUUCUCCAGCUUUUUAGCCAGAUCGGACCCUGUAAAAACUGCAAAAUGAUUAUGGAUACAGCUGGGAACGAUCCCUAUUGUUUCGUGGAGUUCCAUGAGCAUCGCCACGCAGCUGCAGCGCUGGCUGCUAUGAAUGGGCGGAAGAUAAUGGGUAAGGAAGUCAAAGUGAAUUGGGCAACGACCCCCAGCAGUCAAAAGAAAGAUACAAGCAGUAGUACCGUUGUCAGCACACAGCGUUCACAAGAUCAUUUCCAUGUCUUUGUUGGUGAUCUCAGCCCAGAAAUUACAACUGAAGAUAUAAAAGCUGCUUUCGCCCCAUUUGGAAGAAUAUCAGACGCCCGAGUGGUAAAAGACAUGACAACAGGAAAAUCUAAGGGAUAUGGCUUUGUCUCCUUUUUCAACAAAUGGGAUGCUGAAAAUGCCAUUCAACAGAUGGGUGGCCAGUGGCUUGGUGGAAGACAAAUCAGAACUAACUGGGCAACCCGAAAGCCUCCAGCUCCAAAGAGUACAUAUGAGUCAAAUGCCAAACAGUUAUCAUAUGAUGAGGUUGUAAGCCAGUCUAGCCCAAGCAACUGCACAGUCUACUGUGGAGGUGUUACUUCUGGGCUAACAGAACAACUAAUGCGUCAGACUUUUUCACCAUUUGGACAAAUAAUGGAAAUACGAGUCUUUCCAGAUAAAGGAUACUCAUUUAUUCGGUUCAACUCCCAUGAAAGUGCAGCACAUGCAAUUGUUUCUGUUAAUGGUACCUCCAUUGAAGGUCAUGUUGUGAAAUGCUACUGGGGCAAAGAAACUCUUGACGUAGUAAAUCCUGUGCAACAGCAGAAUCAGAUUGGAUAUCCACAAGCUUAUGGCCAGUGGGGCCAGUGGUAUGGAAAUGCGCAACAGAUUGGCCAGUAUAUGCCUAAUGGCUGGCAAGUACCUGCGUAUGGGAUGUAUGGCCAGGCAUGGAACCAGCAGGGGUUUAACCAGACGCCAUCUUCUGCACCGUGGAUGGGACCAAAUUAUGGCAUGCAGCCGCCUCCAGGCCAGAACGGCAGCAUGCUCCCCAGUCAGCCUGCCGGGUACCGAGUGGCGGGGUAUGAGACCCAGUGAGAAAAGACUCCAGGAACUCAAGUGGCUUGAGCUACAGGGAGUGUAGGAAAGCCGUUGUUUACUUAAAAGAUUUAUCAAAUCAGCCAGUGCAAAUGUCAGAUACAAUGUAUUUAUUUAAAAGAUUCAUUUUUUUAAAUCAUGAAAUUACUUAUCAUCCACAUUGUUUUAAAAAGAAACAAGAUGCUGGAUGUCUACCAACUUUUGCCUUCAUUACCUUUUUUGAUAAAGUUUCUCAGAUCCUUGUUUCAAAUACAAAUGCAGGGAUUGCUGCCACUUUUUAAAAUGAAGAGGCAGAAAAUUGCACAAUGUUGAAUUUUCCUCCACUAAAGUAGUAUGCAGUUCUAGUUUGCAUUCCUGAUAUGAUUUAAAACAUGUAAGAUAAAGAUGCAAAAAAACAGAAAAACCAAAACUGUGCGGAGUCUGGAAGAUCUUUGCCAUCUUCAGCUUAUGCACAAUUCUGUUCUAGGUUAAAAAAAGAAAAAAUAUUGUUUGAGCUAUCCCAUUUCCACUGCUAUCCCCUUGGGAGUUUUUAACUAUAAAUUAUUAGUUUACAUCUUUUUUGUAUCUACAUUUUUUUUUCACAUAUUUGUCUUGCCUUAUUAAAUUUCAGUAAAAUAUACUGAAACAGAAAACAAUGAUGUUCACUUAGAUUGACUACUUUUCUCAGAGGGAUUGAUAAUUGCAUUCGUCUUGUUUUAUAUGAGAAGGUGCCUCAAGAAUUUCCUGUUGGGUUUGUUUAAAAGGAUUUUUAUCUUCUGUGUACUGGGAAUUGUAAGAACAAAAACUUAUUACUAAAGAAAAAUCUCUGAACUGUGAUAAGUUCUUAUGCCAUGUUAAUUUCAUGUGUCAACUUCUACAUUUACAUGUAUUGUCUUAUUGUGUAAAAUGUUUUAGCAAGUUAAUACUUUGCACAGGUAGCAAACUUUGUACGUCAUUUCCUUGUUAAAGGCAUCAUGCAGAUUUGACAUGAGAUUGGUAAGGUUUUCAGCUGUUUUGCAUGUGAACAUCAAAUACAUACUUUGAUAGUCUUUGAAUACAAAAUCAUCUGCUCUUGUUUUUAUGUAAAGACAGAAUAUGCUUGUUUGCCAUUUUCUAAUUUGAUUUACUUUUUAAAAAGAGUAAAUCAACUUAAUUUUAAUAUGUACAAACGAUAGCUGUGAAACUGUAGAACAUCUUUUUGUCAGGCUUGGGGUCCACUGUGAACUCCAAUAUUAGCCUGGAAGACCAGCCAGGCAAAGCAUUUUUUUUUAAGUGUACAGAGGCCAAAACACUGAAGGAAAAAAAUGCGAAAAGGAAUAAACAAAUAACAACCACAGCAAAAAACACAAACCUUAAAAUCCUACCUCCUUAAACAGUCUUGAGAGAAGAGAAGCCUCAGUGCAAUCAUCAUUUGGAUGGUUUUGGUACCUGCUCUCCUAGAGUUCCAAUUUUGUAUUUUGCUUUUUUUUUUUUUUGGUGCUCCAAGCAUUAAGACUGGAGCAUUGUUCACAUUGUUCUCAUCUUGAAGUUUCUAGUACAUUUCAGAGUUUCUUAGAAAAGUUGUUGGGAGAUUGGGUUUGGUUUUGUUUUUAGUGAAAGUUAUCAACCUCCCUCUUUGACCCCCCCAAAAGGAAGGGUCAAUAUUUGGUGUCUCCUCAGACCUUCUAGAGCUCCAGGCAUUUUACUGAGGACUAGAAAAGGCCUGUGGCCUCUUGCAUUUCCUGGCCUGCACCUUGCAGGUAGGAGCACAGCAUCGCACUGGGCUAAGCCAAUAACCCAGUCUUACCAUGUCUAUCAGAGCCUGGGCAGGACAGCUGCACACUCUGUCCCCUAGAGCUCAUUCUAUGCAGUUGUACUGAUGUCUCAUGAAGUCACUGUGUAUUUUUAAGUGUUGAUACAUUAAAAAAAAUUGUUUUAUGGAAGAUGAGUGAAUUUUAUACAUACUUGGAAAUUGUAUUUCCUUGUUAACUUCUACAGAUCAGGGCAUGUAACCAAAAGCAGCUUAAAUACUCAAAAACAGCAAGAAAGAAGGAAAUCAGGAAACUAUUUUUAGACACUUCUAGCUUAUGUUUUCAUUUGAGGACCUUUACUGUUUUUCUCUUCUUAAACAAAAACAAAAACAAACAAAUAAAGCCCACAGUUUUUUUCCUGUACAUCUCAUGGACUGCAGGGUAAAUUGUUGGAGUAUAAAUAACUAAUCAAAAUGAAAGUAUGGUUUGCUUUGAUUUGGACUCUCUAACAUAGCCACAGUUUUUAUUAGCCGGGAUGUUUUCUUAUUGCACAAACCUUACAAUGAACUUUGACUACUUUUUUGAGAAGGACAUAGUAGUACUGACCAUGAAAAGGUUACUACUGAACAAACUCACAUUGCAGGAACAUUGUGGACUUUGGUUUAAAGUUCUGUUAAGAUAAACCAAAGGUUUUUCAGUCGAAAAGUCAAACUGAUAUCAGAAAUCAGGAAAGAAAAUCAGAGUUCCUAAGCCAAUCUUUCCCUGCAGUGUGCAUUCAGCGUUGACUUACUGCUACUGUAAAGAACUUGACUUGAUUCACAUUUAAUGAGUCAUUCAUCCAGUGUUCUUUACCCUGUUUGCAUAUUAAAGUUCCUUUAUGUUUUAUAUAACCUGUGGUAUCUUCUUGCAGUGAUUAUUGUGUGUGAAUUUUUUGGUCUAGUUACAUUGUUAUAUUCAGUUAGAUAUUUAUUGAUUUUUUUUUUCUAUCUUAUUCUGGAAACUGCUAUUUGCCUUGGUUAACUAUUUAAUAGGACAAAGGAUUAGCUUGAUGAACCCAGGGUCUCAUUUUUCUUACUCAUAUUAUAUCUCUGUUUAAAAUGAGAUUCACAGUCUAGUUUUUAUUUUCCUGUUUUGUCCAUGUUUGUGUGUGUGAGUGUGUGUGUGUGUGUGUGUGUGUGUGUGUUUAAGUCUGUUCCAUUUGAUAGGGCAGGUAAUACAAAUGGAAUUGCACCUGCCAUGAGAGUUAGGUAUAGAUAACAUAGGGUGCUUCUGAGAUAACAGUUGAACUAGAAAAGCAAAAUAUAUUUAAAAAAAAUUUUUAAAGCAGAAGCUUUUUAAUAAGAGUGAUGAUUUCCAAAAAUACCUGCUUUGUAGUGAGUUAUUACAUUUUAUUCCAAUUAUUACAUUUUGAUUGUUUAGAGUUUGCAGCACAGACCUCCAAAACCACAGAUUUUAAGAGCCUUAAUAAAAUGUCUAAAUCUAUUUCAA